CUCCGGCGCUCCUUUCCCCCGCCCGCCCGCCCGCCGCGAAAACCCGGGAUUCGGAGGAAGCCGCGUCGGAGCCAAUCGGCGAGCUCGGGGGGCGGAGCCAGCGCGACGUCAGGGCGGGCGGCAAGGCGAUGCCCUCCUCCGAGUUACUAGAGAGGAAGGCGGAAGAGGAAGAGGAAGAAGAGGAAGGCGGAAGAGGAAGAGGAAGGCGAGGAAGGCGGAAGAGGAAGAGGAAGAAGAGGAAGGCGGAAGAGCGGAGCGGCAGAUGGAGGCGGACAGGCUGGCCGUGCCCCCCCCCAGCGCGGACGAGCACUCGCAGCGGAGCAGCGUCUCCUCCACGGGACACCGGACUCUGGACGUGCUGGUGUACCUGGUCAACGACAGGGUGGUGCGGCUGGCGGUGGAGGGGCUGCCGUCCGUCACGGCCCACGAGUUGCAUCGGCUGGUCCGGGACGCCCUGCGGCUGCCCGAGUGCGCUCUGGAGGCCUUUGCUCUGUGGCUGGCCUCCCCCCUGCUGGAGGUGCAGCUGAAGCCAAAGCAUCAGCCCUACAAGGUUUGCCGGCAGUGGCAGGAGCUGCUCUUCCGCUUCAGCAGUUGCUCCGAGGACGAGACCCUCGAAGAUGAGCCGUCGCUCCAGUUCCGGCGGAGCGUCUUUUUCCCAAAGAGGAAGGAGCUGCAGGUCCAGGAUGAGGCCGUCCUGCAGCUGCUCUACGAGGAGGCCAAGUACAACCUCCUGGAAGGGCGCUACCCCUGUGACCUGGCCGACUGCCAGCAGCUGGGGGCCCUGGCCUGCCGGCUGGACUUGGGCCCCUACAACCCAGAGCGGCACACUGCCGCCUCCCUGAAAGAGAAGCUGGAUGCCUUCUUGCCCUCCCACCUCUGCCGCAGAGGACCCCGGCUCCUGUCCGGCCUGUGGAGACGGGGCUCCCGGCUGCCUGCCUACGAACAGGGCCUGCUGCAGGCCUUCCGCGCGCUGCCCGAGGAGGAGGAGCAGCAGGGGGGCCCCUGUGGAGAGCACACCCCCCUGCGCACCUGGGGCCGGGCCUACCUGCAGAAGUGCCACGAACUGCCUUACUACGGCUGUGCCUUCUUCUCGGGGGAAAUAGACAAGCCGGCUCAGAGCUUCCUGCAGCGCAGCGGCCGCAAGGCUGUGCUGGUCGCCAUCAGCCUGGAGGGCGUCUACAUCCUCGACAGCAAGGAAAAGCACGUCCUGCUUGGCCUGCGCUUCCAGGAGCUCUCCUGGGACCACACGUUCCCCGACGAGGAGGAGCACAUCCUCUGGCUGGAGUUCGAUGGGGAGAGCAGCGAGGGCACCCCCGUCAACAAGCUGCUGAAGGUCUACUCCAAGCAGGCUGAACUCAUGAGUGGCUUAAUCGAGUAUUGCAUAGAGCUGACCGCGGCGGCGGCGGCGGCUGCUGAGGGGACCGUGCAGGAGGCGGCUGCCAGCGGGGCCCCCUCCUCGGAAGCCCCCCCGGGCUCCCAGGUGGGCAGGCGCCUCCCGCCCAGACUCCAGCGGCAGGACAGCGUCCUCUGCAGCCGCGUCCAGCACCUCUCCACCAUUGACUACGUCGAAGAGGGGAAGGAGAUCCGGAGGGUGAAGCCCCGGCGCAGCGCCUCCUUCUUCGGCCGCCAGCUCUCCAGCGCCCCCACCUCCUACUCGGCUGUGCGGGCAGCAGAGAGCCUGGAGCACGGCUGACUCCCUCCUGGGGCCGGCCCAGCCUGGAGCCCCCCUUCGCCCAGCGGCAGCUCCAGGGUCCCGAGUGGGUCUCUCCGGCCCCCGCUGGGCUCGCUGUGCUGUGCCUUGUGCUGCCCUGAGGGGACGCGCUCUGCUCUCCGGAGCCCGGCCCCACGGAGCCACGGUCGCCACCCCAGGCUGCCCUCUGGCAGGAGGGGCCCCCCACCCCCCGGGGCCAGGCCCCUUCUUGGCAAGAGGCCUCGGGCUCUGUCCCUUUCUGGGGGCUCCGCCUCCAUCCGGGCCUCCCAGCGGGCUCUCCCUCUGGGGCAGGAGGGAGCAGGCCCUGCUGGGGUGCAGGUGCUGGGGCCUCUGAGGGGCUGGGGGCGGGGAGGUGGCCGGGUGUGCCUGCCGUGGCCGGAGGGCCUUUCGCCUUGGACCCCCCCCCCUCCUCCGCCUCCUCCUCGCCUGCCAGCCAAGCCCUGCUGCUUGCUCUGCCUCGGCGGCAGUUCCCCGGGCCUGCUGUUCCUUCUUGUGCACAGCCUGGCACCUGGGAGCCAGAGCGGCCGUGGAGGAAGGCUGUGUCUUCAGAACACCACCCCCCCCCUGGCCUUUGGGGCGGGGACGGGGACGGGGCUGGUUUGCUUGACUCCAAAUCAAGGCCACUUUGCUGGCAGGCGGUGCGGCCGACGAGAGGGUGGCAGAAGGCGGCCCUGAUCCACAGCCUGGCCCUAGGAGGGACUGCAGGCCUGGUCCGCUCUUUUGUCCGUUCGGGGACGCUGUCAGCUGUGAGGUGGGUGGGUGGGGAGCCCUUUUCUCCGCCUCCCCACCUCAGAAGGAAGAGCCGCGGCUUUGGAAGCACUUGUCUCUGAAGCCGGAGCCAAGGCCUGCGCUUGCUGAGCCUGCUGCUGAGCGUCUCUUCGUGCUGCGCCCUGGAAGGAGGCCGCAGCCUUGGGGUGACUGGCUCUCACGGGAAGCAGAGGCCUGGCAGCCUCAGUGGGGCAGGAGAAAUGCUUGGGGCUAACACAGCCCCACCCCACCCCACCCCACCCCUUGUGCCUCUGCUCCCUGGGAAAGUGCCUUUCCUCAAAGCAACACUAUGCAAUGUACUUUACUAACUUUGGCUCUCAGUGGGUGUGUGGGGUGUGUAUGUGGACACACUUGCUAACUCUGUUCAGGAAUUGUUUAUUGCAAUAAAAGUCAGUGGAUUUGA